CGUAUAUCGGCACGUUCUUUAACGUGCUUUGUAUUUUUAUCGUAAUUCGAGUAUUCGAUCGACGGAUUUAACGUAGAACUAGAAAAUCGAAUAUUUCACUGAAAACAUGCGUUUAUCGAAAAUAAAUGAUAGAGACAGUGUAUGAGAUCAUUCAAAAUGGAUAAAUUUGUGUUUCUGGUGCUUUGUUGUUUUGUGGGAUUUUUACGUUGCUGUGAUGCUAAAGCGGUUAUAAGGGGAUACCUGUUUACAGCACCCAAACAACUUCCAGCAGGUGAAACUGUGAGCGGAUGUUUGUCACUGCAUAAAUUAGAGCCUCCGGCUCAUAUUCUUCUCGAGCUAGUGAAAGAAGAUGAAGUAUUGUCGAGAACUAACACCGUAUUAACAUCAGGUAUAGAAACAUGUCUGGAGCUCCCAGUACCGAUGGUGAGAUACCGAAGCGCGUUACUUCGACUUACGAUCAAAUUCGACAAGUAUCCCCAUUACAAAGUGAACGCGGAAGAAUAUGUGGAAAUCGUGUGGAAUUCUCUUCUCGCAUUCGUGGAAACUGAUAAACGUGUUUAUAAGUCUGGACAAGACGUUAAUAUCAGAAUCCUGAUGUUGAAAAAUGAUUUGAAGCCUUGGAAGAAACCGAUUUCGAAAGUGUGGAUUGAAAAUCCGUCGGGGAUCAGAGUAGUGCAAUGGUCGAAUGUGAGCACCGAGAACGGGAUGGCACAGUUGAAAUUUCCUUUGUCGAUGGAACCGAGUUUGGGAACGUGGUCGAUUGUUGUGGACAAAUACGCAGAUUUCGAGAUCUAUGAAAGAACGCAGUUCGAAGUGAACAAGUACGUUUUACCAAGAUUCCAGAUAGCAGUAACUUCACCGAGCUAUGUACUUGCAGAUACAGAGAACGUCACGUGGAAUAUCUGUGUCAGGUAUAGUUACGGUAAACCCGUAAAAGGUACUUUGUUAUUGAAAUUAACUCCGCACACUCCUAGUUGGAGAAGAAAACCUAACCUCACACCAAUUCGCUACGAAACAGAAAUGGAUUCACCAGACGGAUGCACCGAAUUUACACUUUCUGGGACAGUUCUCAACUUGGCACGUUGGAACGUAGCUCCGAAUAAUAUUGUUCUACUCGUAAAUUUCACCGAAGCAGGGACAGGAGUGAAAAAAACUACCAUUAGUCGGUCCGUGGUUAAGCACAAGGCUUUGAAGAUAGAAUUCACGCAGUACAUGCCGAAAUACUUCAAACUGGACCUGCCUUAUCAUGGAAAGUUACGAGUUUUUAAGCAGGACGAUACUCCCGCUCCGAACGAGAAGAUUCAACUUUGUUUAAAAGUACUGGGAAAAAACAAAUUGUUGCUGGAUAUGGUCGAAUGCCGAGAUUUUACGACGUCCGCUGACGGUUUUGUUGAUUUUAUCGUACCACCUCAACAGAGGAAUGUUAUUUUGUUGAGUUUUCUUGCCACUGCCGUUGAUUACCCGAUGAAAUAUUAUUCGCCGGAGAAACGCUGGAGGGUGUUCAUGGAUCAACCAUCAGCACAAAUUGACAUCCAUCCUUGGUUCUCCGCAUCUAAUAGUUACUUGGUUGUAACCAGAGGAACUCAACCCAUCGUAUGCGGUGAAAAAUACUCCUUCAACGUGAUGUAUACGAUGCCCUCAAACAUAAAAGACAAUGAAUCGAUUUUAUUCCACUACUCUAUCAACUCCAAAAGUGGGAUCCUGAUAUAUGGCCACGUAACGCAUAAGCCAGGUCAUGACACCAUAUUGAACUACUCGGAAUUUCGCAAUUUAUUGGGUAGCCUCAAAUUUUCAAACAGAACCGAUCAAGACCCCGUUGUACACAGAUUUCCGUUAAGCGUGAAAGUAACAUCAAGCAUGGCGCCAAUAUCCGAAUUACUGCUCUAUUACGUGCGAUUGGACGGCGAAAUCGUGGCUGCUACUUAUACAAUCGAGGUUGGCCAUUGUUUCGAGAACAAGGUUAAAACAGCUUGGCACACCGAUGCCCGAACACCAGGAUCAACUACUCAGUACCACGUGGAAGCUGCACCAUGGUCUCUCUGUGGAAUAUCAGCCGUAGAUAAAUCAACACUUUUCUUAGACGGAUCGAAAUCUAAUUUAAUCGAUGCCGCUAAAACGUUCGAAAAAUUGAAGUACCGCGAGUUUUCUUUCCUGACCUCUUGGCGGCAAGCUAAUUGCCAAUCGGAGGUUCUGAUGGAAGAUACAGAAGAAGAGAUCGGUCAUCUACCGCGUCCUGCGACGUUUCUUAGUUUCGAAAGACGAAAAAGGCGAUCGACUACGUAUAAUAGGAUAAUUGAAUACGUAAACGAAAUGCAAGCUUUCAUUGAUUUCGGAGUGAUUGUGAUGAGCGAUUUAAAACAGACAACACUACCGUGCACGCUAAGUUUUAAAAAGGAUACAAGGAUGUUUCAGAUGUCGGCUGACACUGUAAUAAAUUUCGCGAUUGCCGCCGCUGCGAAGUCAUCAGUGGUGGACCUGGAAUACAUUGACGAGGGUUAUGAUCAGACAUCUACUCUGGAAAGUAGAUCGUACUUUCCAGAAACGUGGUUAUGGGAGUUGGUGCCUACUGGGAGGGAAGGUAAAAUAACAAUAGAACGCACGCUUCCGCACACCAUCACCGAUUGGGUCGGCUAUACAACGUGCAUUUCACCGAUACAUGGCCUGGGAAUAGCGCCACCGACCACCAUAACGUCGUUUCAACCAUUCUUCCUCGAUUAUAGUUUGCCGUACAGCGUGAAACGCGGUGAAAUGAUGCGCAUGAAAGUCUCCCUCUUCAAUUACAUGCAACAUAGCUUGCCUGUGGCUAUCAGACUGGAAGAAAUGUCGGGGAUCGAUCUGCAUUUGUCGCUUCCGACAGCGUCGUUCUGCGUGGAACCACGAGACAGCGUGAUCCACGAAUUCGUUUUACGACCACGGGUUAUCGGAGAGGUUAACAUAACUGUCUCAGCUUACAUAGACUCUAAUUAUUCUGAACCUUGUGGUCCGCAGACUUUGGUAUUUACUAGGGACAAAAUAGUGAAACCACUUUUAAUUCUACCUGAAGGUUACCCAAUGGAGAAAACGGAAACAAUGUUACUUUGUCCGAUGGACUUUAAUGAUGAUUCCACGUUCAUGUGGGAAGCUGCGUUCCCUGAGGAUGUGGUAAACGACAGUGCAAGAGGUUACGUAAAUUUGAUAGGAGACAUUUUAGGACCAGCACUCCAGAAUUUGGACAACCUCGUUCAAUUACCGCGAGGCUGCGGCGAACAGAAUAUGGUUUUAUUUGUGCCAAAUCUUAACGUGAUAAAAUAUCUCGAUGUUCUACAGAUCAAGAAACCUGAACUCCGAAAAAAAGCGAUCAAAAAUAUAGAGAAAGGUACGUGGUAUACAUUCUAUUUGUCGCAUUUACUUAUUCGUUUUAAUUUUGGUGGUCUUCAAGACGAUAGUUCAUCGACAGCGUUAACAGCCUACAUUCUAAUCGCUUUGGUCGAAUCUGGAAUAACAUUGCCAGAAUCUCUUGUUACCAAUGCAUUAAAUUGCCUGGAAAAAGGAAUGGCGAAUGGCAACGAUAGUCCUUACGCUACGAUUCUAACUACGUAUGCAUUAGCCCUGUUGGGAUACCCGAAAGUUAAUGCUAGCUUGAAAUCAGUGAUGGACCUCGCUACGCGUUCAUACAAUGACUUACUUUGGUGGGAGGACAAAACAUGGUCGUCGCUGAGUUUGAGCAUCGAAAUGACAGCAUACGUGAUUCUCACGUUGGUCAAAUUGGGCGGGAACGAUAAUUUGACCGAAGCUUUAAAGGCCGUCCGUUGGAUAUCGAAGCAAAGAAACGUCGAGGGUGGUUUCAAAUCUACCCAGGACACGAUUCUUGGUUUAGAGGCGAUCAGCGAGUACGCUAUGGUCACGAGCAGUAAAAACACCGACUUGUCCGUGCUUCUAACAGCUAUCGAAGUUGAUCGCGUGCAUAGAUUGUAUAAUGACAAUCGUAUGGUUCUUACGCAAAUUCGUCUGCCUGUUUUACCGACGUCCAUUGAAGUUUCUGUCGAAGGAGAGGGCUGCGUUUUGGUACAGACCAACAUCAAAUACAACGUUGCACACGCAACUGGUUCAGAUGCGUUCGACCUUUCGGUUUCUGCACGAUCUGAUGCAUUUGCGAACGAGUGUGCGAUGCAAAAUGUAACGAUUUGUGCACGAUAUAAAUUAGCAGACGGGGAAAGCAACAUGGCGUUGCUUGAAAUUGGAAUGAUAAGUGGAUACGUGCCUGAUCGUGAAAGCUUACAGUCCUUGUUACAACCAAUGUCAAGAGUGAAACGUUUCGAGGAAAAUAACGACGUCGUUGUUAUUUACUUCGAUAAAUUAUUUGAUGAAAAAACAUGUGUAUCCUUCACGAUAAUAAGGGAAAACUUUGUCGAUUAUCUUGAGCCAGCGAAUGUGAUACUUUAUGAUUAUUAUCAACAAGAACUUAUGGUGUACAGCAACUAUAAAGUCCCUUCAAUGUGCAGUAGUGCGGAACCGAUCGACGAACAACCGAUAACAGAUGUAUCAUUCAAAUUAAAAUCGAUGAGGCAGCCGGUAGAGAUAGAAUUAAAUUCAUCAUUCGUUGAUACGAAACAAGAAGUAGCCAUUCCGGAAGGAAUGGAAGGACCAGUACCAGUUUACGUUAAACCCGAGACGAUUGAUUACAAAUUGGAGACUACCAUAGCUACCAAUGGCUUGUCCGAUCUUACUCCGACUCUUGGUAUCGAGGAUCAAACGGUACAAUGGGGAGAACAGGAACCUGUACAGGAGGAGUUUGACAGUCAAAUAAGAAAUACGACAGACAUCGAAACGGACGAUGCGUCGCCAACAGGAGCAGAACAGUUUUGUCCUGUAUGUAUGGAGAGUCUUCCAUCAGAUUUCACAGAAAUUUAUUGUUCGGCAAGGAGCGUGGUGAAGGCGGCAAUCAGACGAUUGCGAAAAACAAGAAUGUUAUUGGAUCUGCAUGCAUCACGUGAGGUUCAACGUCUUCGAUCCGCAGUCGAGUUUUAUUUAAGUCCAAACUGUGUCUGUGUCCCGCUAGAUACACCCGCAAGUCUAGCAUUGAUCAUAAACAUGGAUACCGACUUUCUCACAUCCCAGGAACAAAAACAGAGCCUGAACGGUUCCUACCAUAUAUAUGGCCUGCCCCCAACGAGCGGUGUGCCUUGUAAAGUGGCAGAAGCACGAUCUACAUGUUCAAGUAAAGAAACGGUUCAAUGCACAUAAGUACAAGGACAUCCUCUGUCUAUGGUUGAACUGAUAAAAUCAUGUAACGUUUAAUCCUUUGGACUCAGAAAGCAACUUACCAUUCGGUUUAACAAAUU